CCUAUAAAGAGGAAAAAACCUUAAGUAUUACAGACUUUGCUGGACAAAGUGCAUAUUAUGCCUGCCACCAGGUGUACCUCUCAAGGAGAGCAUUGUAUAUACUUGUUAUUGACUUAUCAAAAAAUCCAAAUGAACCAGUAUCGUCCGAGCAGAAUUUUUCCAGAGAAAAAUUAUUUGAAAACUGGACGUAUAGAGAUUACAAUAAAUUCUGGAUGGAGUCCAUCAGUACAUAUUGUGAUACAGCUAGUCCAGUCAUCUUAGUCGGUACCCACAAAGAUGUCGCCAAUGAGCACACGGUGAAGAAUGAAGAUCGGUUCUGCAGCUUUCUUUCACAACUCCCAGAUGUCAGUCAAUUACAACAACAUCUCCAUAGAAAGAACUACUUUGAGUUAGGGAAACCGGGCGAAAGCAGAGAUGAAAUGGAUAGACUUGAGAAAUGUAUUGUCGAAAUGGUAAAGAAACAAUCUACAUGGGGAGAAAUAGUACCGAAACUAUGGAAAGACUUUGAUCAGGAAUUAUGCAAAUUCAAAAUUAAGCGGAUAAUAACUAUUUCGGAUUUAAUCAAUUCAAACAAUUGUAAAAUCCCGAAACAAAAUGAAGACGUCUUGGACAUGCUACGAUUCUAUCAUGAUUGUGGCAAAAUUUUAUUUUUCAAUGAAACAGGUCUUUCAGAUAUUGUGAUUCUUGAUGUCCAAUGGUUUGUCGAUGCAUUUAAGAAUGUUAUUACUGACGAAAAUCACAGGACACAUGUUUCAUCAAAAGAGUGGACUUCCUUUAAUGAAACAGGAAUGCUAGAAGAUAAACAUCUUUUAACAAUCUGGACAGAGUUAGGGUUACAUGAGAUGAUCGAGUACAAAGACACGGUACUGUUAUAUAUGCAGCGGCUUGGCCUGAUCGCUGUGGGGAAAGGAAAACUCUAUGUACCAAGUGUGAACAAACAAGAACUAUGCGACAAAGAUUUUGAACGUAUUAAAAGAACAAAGCAUACCAGUAUUUUAAAAUUUAGUUUUCCAAAGUUUUUACCACAUUUUUAUUUCUAUAGACUUGUUGUAGCAAGUAUGGAACAUUGGGAAUCACAGGAAGAUGGCAAACUUCCGUUGCUUUUCAAAAACGCUGCCUUCUUUAAGUACACGGACAACUGUCAUCGAAUAGUCUUGGGUGUAAGCAGUACACAAAUUCACCUUCAGAUAUAUACUUGCAACUCAAAACCAUUGAAGAAAGAUGUUACGUUAAAUAUUCGCCAAAAGAUUGAAUCAUUUUUGGAGCAACUAACCCGAACUUUUCAUAAACCGGUUGAAUACUAUCCCGGAUUUACUUGCAAACCAACCAAUGUAACAGAGGAAAGUGAUGAUGCUGUUUUUAUUCGUGAGUCAGAGGCAGUUGAGUUUUAUUCAGCUGAUCCUUCUGAGUCGUCCUCACCAUGUCCACGACAUAACAGAGAUGAACAUAAUCUAAGUUGGAAACAAAUGCUAAAGUACUGGACAAAGGUAAUUUCUAACAAGGCCAUGCUUUUUUAUUCUUUUUUUUUAAAUUUUGAUAACAUGCAAUUGCAUUGUCAAUCAUAA